GGAGUGCCGCAACCCCUUCAAUUGAACGUUCAACUUAACCUCGAUAUUAUGACUGAUAGCACGCCAAGAAUACUGCAGGCCCGAGUAUCGUGCCAUGCGCGCCAACAUCGACAUCCAGAAGCUCAAUACAUACUUGAAAUUACAUGUGCCGGUUAUCGCUCCUACCAAACAGUUCAAGGUACGGUCACAAUUUAUUGAGAUUAUUGAGAAUGGUACUUUUUUGCCAUCUCUCUAUUGUAUUAAUAUGCUAAGCCUGAUCACCCAAAGCUGGCUCUCCGAUCUCGCUAUCUGCUCGCUGGCAGCAUUGGAUUCUCUCGACCCAUUCCAAUUAGGCCUCAAGAACUUUGGUCCUACGACUGAUUACUUCCCCCGUCAAAUCAAAUCUUUUACACGCAUAUCGCUUGCUCAAUCCCAGGCUAUGGAUAUCGAGACAGGAAAAGCAACAGGAAAUACUCCGUAUUUUGAAGAAAUGGUCGGUUGGUACCAGAGGCACCUCCCGGACGAGAGUAAAACUGGGCUGCGGAUUGUCCAUGGGGACUACAAGCUUGACAACAUGAUAUUUCAUCCAGGAUAAUUGGCAUACUGGACUGGGAGUUAUGUAUUCUAGGUAGUCCGGUACAUGCACCGAUCACCGUCUUGAUCUAAUUCACUGCAUAGCUUGCUGACCUCGCGAACCUUACCCAACCAUAGGCAAUCGACGCUCGUCAUGU